AAAACCAAAUGUUUUUGUGAAGAUUUGAGGUUGGACACAGAAGUCAGGGACGGGAAUUCCCAAAUAAGACAGAAACACGAGGAGAGCGGCACGGAGGCUGACACGUCCUCUCUCGUCUCCGUGCAUCGCAAUCCUGCCGCCCAUUGGUCGGCAGGAUUAAAGGGGGAGUGCAGCUGCAGCGACUUGGGUCAGUGAUGCUCAUCCUUCAGGAAGAAAAUCUGUGAAGAGAGUCAGAGCAGAGGGACGAUGACAGAGGGCAGACAGGAAGUCUGUUCAACGUGGACCAACGGAGACGACGGUCUCGGUGAGGCGCUGAUGACGGAGGAGCAACGACGAAGAGUGAACUCCACAAACGUAUUGCCUGAAUGAUGUCCGUGAUGGAUCACCGUCGUCACGUCUGGACGUCAGAAGGACCGACCCACACGUCUGUCCAUCCCAGGGACUCGUAGGUCCAGGUGGCACCAGAACCCGUUCUCCCCCCCUCCCUCCCGGCUCUUCUUUCCGGUGUUUUCCUCCACCAUGACUUCAUCAUCAGUUUGUCACCGUUGAAUCCCCGUUGACUCUGUGACUCUGGAACUGUUUUAAUGCCAUCGGUUCUUUCCGUCCCACUUCCUGGUUCACUCUUCCUCCUGCUCGUUCUCUUCCUCACGUACGUUCACCCCCUGCCUCACCCGUCUCCCAUGUGGCCAUGCUGGAGCGGAUGUCUCGUCGAUCCCGCUCCCUUCUCUCCCUGACUCUGACCUCUCUGGCUCUGGGCCUCUCUGUCCUGGCCUUGAGCACCUCCUACUGGUGUGAGGGGAUUCACAAGGUGGUGAAGCCUCUGUGUCUGUCGCCGGUCAAAAUGAAGAACUGUGGCCAGAACGACAGCGAGCCUUACACCACAGAGAGUCAGACUCAGAACCCUCUGAAGCCCACCCUGCCCCCGGCCCGGAGAGAGGAGCUGGCCCGGAUCAGGCAGCGACAGCUGGCCAACGCGGUGCAGUACAUCUGGGAGACGGGGGAGGACAAGUACGCCUUCAGAUACUUCCACACAGGCUUCUGGAAGAGCUGUGAGAAACACAACGAUGGUGAGGAAUGUCGCAGCUUCAUCGAUCUGACUCCUGUGGAAACACAAGGUGUGCUCUGGCUGUCGUUGGUGUCAGAGUUCAUGUACAUCGGUCUCCUGGGAAUGGGUUUCCUGUUGAUGUGGCUGGAGGUUCUGUGUUUCUCUAAAGAGAUGAACUCACUGAAGAUCAACGCCUUCGCCGCCAUCUGUACUGUUCUGUCAGGUCUUAUGGGGAUGGUCGCCCACAUGAUGUACACCACCGUCUUUCAGAUGACCGUCAUCGUGGGGCCCAAGGACUGGAGACCUCAGUCCUGGGACUACGGCUGGUCGUUUGCCCUGGCCUGGGUCUCCUUCAGCUGCUGCAUGGCGGCCGCGGUGGUCACUCUCAACUCCUACACCAAGACCGUCAUCGAGCUCCGCCGCAGACGGAGACUACGGCUGGAGGAGGUGGAAGCCAGCAGCUACGCCCCGCCCUACGAUGAGGUGGUUCCUGGGGGGGGGCUCUGUUCUGUCACUGACCUGUUGCAGUGUCCAGACGGCCUGGUCCAGGUGGGCUGGGCCGCAGACGGACGCACGGCUGGAACUGGAAACGGAGAUGUUCCCACGGUUGUUCUGGUCGGAGGCUGUGGACCAGAGAGGUGUGAAGACUGUGAGAGAGAGAUGGACCAGGUGGACCAGGUGGACCAGGUGGACCAGGUGGACCAGGUGGACCAGGUGGAGGUCAAGCUGGGUCCAGCUGAGUCGCCCUGUUAGGUAUUUGGAGGUAUCUGACCAAUCAGUGGACCCAAACCAGUGGCUUGAUGUUCAGCAUCACCUGAGUAUUAAUACAGAUGCUGCCACCUAGUGAC